UAAAGGAAACUCUGCUAGGACACUCUUCCUCAUUUCACCAGAGGAAGUGUGUGGCUAUGCGCUGUUAUUUGCAGACCAGUGUUCAGUUCAGAUAAGCUUGCAGUGCAUUGCAGUCCACUUACAAGGCAACACCGCUGGCCACGGGUCUAAACCUGGCCAGUAUCUUAACUCUCAAUCACCUGCUUCAACUUCAUUGUGAGCAGCCAACCAGAAAUGAAGCAUUGCCUUCUGAGAGGAAGAGUGGAUAUGUAAUUGCUUAGGCUGAGAGCAUCUACAGUACAGGGCUGUGAGCUCUGAACGGCCAUCAUGGGGAAUGCAAUGAAAAGACAAGAAAAAGAAAAUACAGAGCCUAACAGCUUUGACACUAUGUUUAGAGACUGUGACAGCCUUGUGGUCCUUUCUGACUAUCCGUGUCGGGACAUCAGCGAGCCCAUCUUUAAAAUUGGGGACAGACUCAAGGGUCUUUCGGAAGAUGGUUGCUGGUGGAAAGUUCGUUCCCUUCAAACAGGAACUGUGAACUACAUUCCAAAUAAUCAUGUGGCUAAAGUAUAUCACGGAUGGCUGUUUGAGGGCGUUGGGAGGCAGAAGGCAGAAGAGCUUUUGUUACUGCCUGGUAAUGGUGUCGGGUCUUUUCUCGUAAGAGAAAAUCCAAAAGAAAGAGGCUUGUAUUCUCUAUCUGUGCGACACAGGAACAUCAAGCACUAUAAAAUAUUUCGCCUGAGUAACAGCUGGUUUUACAUUUCGCCAGGCCUUACCUUUCAGUGUCUGGAGGAUAUGGUCAAUCACUACUCUGACUCUUCAGACGGCAUAUGUUGUGUGCUUAGCGCUCCAUGUCUGGCUUUAUCAGUCCCUGCCCCGAGUUCAACCCAAAACGCACCGCCUGUGGUGAUGCGUAGUAGAAUGGAUUGGAAGAAAGUAAACAGGUCCGAGUUACUGAACCCAAAUGGGUUGGAUGUUGUGGACAACAAAGAUAACAUGAUGAGCUAUGGAGUGAGGAGUAGCAUAGCCGCUUAUAUGUCUUUAGCAUCAAUACCUGAGCCACAAAACUCCAAAGACCGCAAGAAGAAGAGCAAGUCUAUCUACGUGAUACCCGACCACAGUAACAUGGAUAUAGAUGAAAGCUAGCACAUGACCAUAGACUUUGAAUCUACACCAGCACACUGGUAUGAAUGAAUAAUACUUUUGAGCUGUUUGGUCAUCUUAUGAAAACAUGUUCUGUUAACAUUUCACCCUAAAAACUUUCCUGUACAGAACAGAGUUUUGCUGUGCAUUGUGACAUUUAUUUCUUGGCAUGUUUCCUGCCAAAUUCUCAUUACUGCAAUGCUUCCAGAUGCAUUUUUUUUGUAAUUCAUAGUUUUCAUUGAUAUAGUAAAUGUUACUCUAGUAGAUGUAUACUUUAUUUUAAGUAUACAUUAAAGCAGUAUUAAUACAUUAUGGUAGUAUAUUAUAAUUCACAAAUUGACAAUAUGGGUAAAUUUGUGAUAUUACAAUGCAAAAAAUCACAAUGGUCUUUAAAUUGACUUAUUCGUCUAUACAGUAUAUUUUUUUAUUUCUUUUAUUUAAUCUUAUGGAAAAAAUGACUGAGACAUUCCUUAUAAUUCAAUGAAAGUCAGUCUAUUAGAAUUUCAGGAAAUUUGGUUUUCUCAUAUAAAAACUCUCAAACUAAAACAGUUGGGUUUGGAAGCAACAAGUAUAGAUUGCAAUACCUGUAUUUAUACCCUGCAGUAUUAUUGAUAUUUGUAGAUGUGUGCUAAUGUGUGUCAGCAUUUGCCAUUUGGUAAUUUAUGUCUUCACCAUAAGCCACUGUUUUAUUUAAACUUGUCAGUAACACUUAUGAAAGGCCUGAUAAAAUUGUCUUUCAGUUUCAAUAAAUAUUUCAUUUUGCACUUUA